AUGUUUUAAGAAUUCCUCGAUGGAUUAGGAAGCCUGAAGCAUAAACCUGUUGCCUUGAAGCAAGUGAAAAAGAUUUUAAAGAUCGAAGAAAAAAGUUUACCUAAAAACAUAACAAAUUACUUUGUAGAAUUUACUAAACAUACUUCGCAUAAGUGGUAACGAAAGGAUAAAAUGAUUUUUAUAUGGACAACUCUAAAAUAUUUAGAGAAACAGGGUCGUACAGACUUAAAACCCAACGAUGACGAUUGGAUAGCACUAUCAGAAAUCCUUGGGGCACCUCCUGAACUGUUGAAUUCGAAAUGGAUAGGAAUGUUAAAAACCGAUUUGAAACAGUCUCCAUGGACUCCUGAAGAGGAUGAUCUUCUCAGAAAAGUGAUGACGCAAAAAUUUAUUUCUUGGACCCAUGUUGCUUUGGAGUAUAACCGUGCAAGUCCAAUUAUGAGACAUGCAAAAUAAGUGAGGGAACGUUGGAAUAAUUACCUGGACCCUGAGUUAAAUAAAUUCCCAUGGACUGAAUCAGAAUAAAUCCAACUCCUGCAGUUAGUUUAAAAUCAAGGAAAAAAGUGGUCUGUGAUUUCGAAAUAAAUUAAAGGAAGAACUGAAAACUAAGUCAAAAACGCUUACAAUUCCUUGAUAAAUUCUUACAGAAGGAAUCAUAUGUAAACCCUCGACUCAGACGAGACCAUUGUUUCUAAAUUAUUAUCCAAACUAGAUCCCCCACUCUUACAAGCCAAUGCAAGCACUCCCAUGAUUUAACCGAUGCCCCCUCUUCAACAACAAUUACUUAUGUAGGCUUUGCUUUUCGAAAGAUUGAAAAGCAUGGCCUUUUUUGCUCAAUUACCAGGUUUUCUGGCAGCCCAACAAUAGCAAAGUUGA